ACGCUGCUGUGUUGUAGUGUUUUUGAGUAGCUUUGCUGGCGUAUUGCAGGUUUUAACUCGUAUUUCUGUGAAACACGAACCAUGACAGAUGUUAAGGUGAAAAAGGAGUCCACAGAUGUUGUGGAUAUCGAAAACAGAAUAAAGGAGCUGUGUCAGCAGUUUCCACAAGGAAUCACAGACCAGGUCAUCCAGAAUGACAUGCCGCAUGUGGAGGCUCAGCAGAGGGCCAUGGCCAUCAACCGACUCCUGUCUGUGGGCCAGUUGGAUCUCCUCAGAAACAGCAAUGGGUUGCUGUACCGGUUGAAGGACACUCAGUCAGCAAGUAAAAUGAAGGGCUCCGACAACCAGGAGAAGCUUGUUUACCAGAUCAUCGAGGAUGCGGGGAAUAAAGGAAUAUGGAGUAGGGACAUCCGCUAUAAAAGCAACCUCCCCCUGACCGAGAUCAACAAAAUCCUGAAGAACCUCGAGAGCAAGAAGCUGAUCAAAGCAGUGAAGUCCGUCGCAGCCUCAAAGAAGAAGGUGUACAUGCUGUAUAACCUGCAGCCGGACCGCUCGGUUACAGGAGGAGCGUGGUACAGCGAUCAGGACUUCGAGUCGGAGUUCGUGGAGGUCCUCAACCAGCAGUGCUUCAAAUUCCUUCAGAGUAAGGCAGAAGCAGCGAGGGACAGUAAGCAGAGUCCUAUGGUGCAGAGAAACAGCUCGUUCGCCACCUCGUACGAAGUCUGGAAGUACAUCUGCGAGUUGGGAAUUAGCAAGGUGGAUCUAUCUAUGGAGGACAUCGAGACCAUCCUGAACACGCUGAUCUAUGACGGAAAGGUGGAGAUGACCAUCAUCGCGGCAAAAGAGGGGACAGUAGGGUGUGUGGACGGGCAGAUGAAGCUUUACAGGGGUGUGAACUCCAUCAUCCAGCCCACAGGCCUGGUCAAAACGCCCUGUGGGCUCUGUCCGGUGUUUGAUGACUGCCACGAAGGCGGGGAAAUAUCUCCAUCCACUUGCAUAUACAUGGGAGAGUGGCUAGACUUUUGACCUCUUCUUUUUCUUCGUAUGCUUUUUUUUUCUCUGUGGAGAAAGUGUAAUAUAUUUUUGUGCAAGAAUUUGAUGCAACAGAUGAUGUUUUAAUUUAUAUUGAACAAUAAUAGGCUUGAUACAGUAUAUUUGAAAUGAAUGGGCGAGGAGAAGAAGAAGAAGAAGAAGCAACAGCAGCUGUACCAUGUACCUCUGGACUCAGAUCUCAAUGUCCCUUUCUAAGUUUAUUUUUUUUUCUUCCCUUUUCUCCUUAAAAUGAAAUAUUCUGAUGCACGGGAUACAGCAUUACAAAUACACAACUGAUUUAUCGUUUGUAAAUGAGCAACACACAUUUCCCCUGGAUCUGUGCUCAUUGAAUAAAAUCAAUAAAAUGCCGUUUUAGUUUUUAGAAAAGACGUGAACGCAGUACAAACUGUAAAGUUUGUGGAUUUCUGGUAAUAAAGAACAGGCUUGAAACGAA